UUCUUUUUCUAUUUUCAAGCCUUCUUUGUUUGCAAGAGGAUGCCAAGUAAUGACGCCCAAAUAUUUUGUUGGUCCCUUUUAUGUCGUCAUGGGCAUGUUAUAAAGUGGGAUGUUAUGUCAUUUUUUGUAUUUUGUAAUGUGGAAGGCGCGGAAUGCGACAAGUGGAGGGGAGAUAUAAAAAAGGGCAGAGGAAGACGAAAUUGCCCCCUGCUUAACAGUCUUGAGAGAAAUUAAAACAAGCGGGAAUUUCAAAUACUCUACUUUUAUUAAAAAACACAAAUGUCUUCGCAAGCUUACAACACUCCUGGGUACAACACCACAGCCGGAACCGGAGCACCCGGAGCAGCAGGUGUCGCUCCAGGCGGACACCUCCCAACCACGGGCGAGCGGAUCGCAGGCACAGUCGAACGCACGAUGGGACACAUGCUCCCCGGCACAGACUUGGGCCACCAACUCAAAGCCGAUGGAGCCCGUAAAAAAGGAAACGAAGUUAAAGCCGAAAAAGCUGAAUCCCACAUGGACCAUGGUGUGCAUUCGAGUGUGACGACUGGGUCGUAUCUUGAAGGUGAAGCUGAACGCGCAUUGGGACAUUCGAUGCCCGGUACGCAGACUGGGCAUCGCUUAAAGGCUGAGGGGGCUUUGCAUAAAGGGGAUGUGCAGAAAGCAGAACGGGCAGAGUCGCAUUUGAAGGGUCCUCGAGUGCUUUAAAUCGAGUUGUGAUAGCAUAACUUGCUUUUUUCAACAUUGUUGGGUCCUUCUUUGUAAAUAAAAAAGUUUUUGGCUGCGUCCGUCCAUCGUA